GUUCUGCAUCGAACGCACCCGCGGUCGCGGACAUCAACCAGCCAGCCGUCGAUUGUCGUCGUCGUACUUUUCUUGUUAUUUAUUCCUUUAUUUCGUUCUAUCGCGAGUUUUCCUGUAAUUUUUCGUACAAUUCAUUCGAAACGGACGUUCAGGGUUUCACGACGGCAAUCUGGAAAUUACAAUUCAUGCGUUUGAACGUUGAAAUCGCGUUUCGAAAUUAACUUUUUCAUCCGGAAAAUCGCGUCGCCACAAACUGCGAAUGUUGUGCAUUAUUUUUUUUUUCACCGUUCUAAUGUCAGUGGGAGGAAAAGAGGAAACUGCAUCGGAAAGGAAGCAAAAGUUUCCUGUAAAUUAGUGCCGUUCGUUGUGCAGUUUUUCGUGAGUGUGGUACAUGGACGUCUCGUUUUCGGAUUGUCUGCUGUUUUCAGAAUUUGUGUGCUUUAUGUAAAGUGUGGCAGCAAAAAUAUUUCUGUACUCACGGGAAUACUCCGUGAUUUCGUGUCUAAGCGGUUCGUAGGAGUUCGACACCGGCCAGUUUUUUCACGGGGAUUGUGUGAGAAAUGGAGGUGCCGUUGUGAUUUUUUCCGCCUUGCAAAUGGUUUGUUCCGAUGAAAACAGCUGACGACCUCAAGAAUUAGUGCAGGACAAACCGGGCUGGAACGACGAGGAAAAGCGGUGGUUAGGAAUUGCUGUCACUGGAUAUGAAGAACGAUCGUAUUGUGAAGUGCUAUAAAAUCGAAGUGAAAUAGUGUUGUAUUCGUGAAUAAAUGUAUUUUCUCCUGCGAGGCUACUAUGGAAAAUGAACAGCAAAUGGAAAGGGAUCUGCAAGGAUCAUCAUUACGGGAAAUAUUCGAUACUGCAUUCCAAGCGGUACGUGAUGAUGAACCAGAAGUAAAUACGGAUGCGACUAUGUACGGUUUAUUUGGGUUUGAGCCAGUACCCCCGCCGCCGAUAGAAAUUGAAUAUACAACAAGUGACUGGGAUAGCUACAUGCCUAGCAUACAAAUCGAGUCAACACUACCUAUGGAUUCUCCUUCACCGCCGACAAUGAUGAAUGGAAUGAUGCAACCUGCGCUGCCAUGUCACUUGCCAUAUCCACCACAUCCCAAUGAAUCUUUAAUGCCUGAGUACGAUUCCUCAGGUCAUCGGAUUGACACGCAUCCGCCUCAACAUAAAAGAAUUGUAGGCGCGCGAUAUAGUACAAAUCCUUCGUCGGCGUCAAACUGUUCCGUCAUGAUGGAUGGGAAAAAUUGUUUAGAUCAUCCACCACCAACGACGAGUGAUAUGAACAGGGGUGAACCAGGCAACAACAAUGGCAUUUGUCAAAAUGCUUCUAGUCUUAUGGGCUCUGUACGUGUACGUAUGGCUCAUUGCCGCCCAUACACGAAUUCUCCGACGAAUGAGAGGUCAGAAGAUGGUCCUGUGCAAUCAUCGGACUCCUCGCCUAGCACACAAUCAGUGCAGAAGUGUGAAACCUCAAACGCUAUGCCAAAUGGAGAUGAUGACAGUAAAAGUGACAAUCAUUCCUUUAUAAACGUUGUAGACAUGGAUGCAGAAGAUUCGCCAAAAAAAUUGAAUACCGCGAAUAGUGUAAACUGCGAUAAUAAUUCCGAUUCAAAAUGUCCUAAAUUAGCUUCCAACUAUAUGCAACAAGUUAGUUCUAGCAGUUCGAAAAGUAGCGACAAUAAUACUCGUAUCAAUGCACCAAGCAUAUCCGAACCCGUUGCUGGUCCAAGUGGUUUAAAUCGUUUUCGUACCCUAUCUCCUAAAGAAAAGACUUCUCCGAAAAACAGUAAGAAAUUUCGUACAAAUCCGGAUAGAAGUUUUCUAUUGGACAGUGAUACGGACUCAGAUGGUGAUGAUAGUCCGACGAUAAUGGAUAUGCAUACGGCAUUACGUCAUUCCUUUCAAAAUCACGAUAAAAAUGGCGAAAUUCCAAUGAAUUAUGCGCAAAGUGAAAAUUUUCCAAGGACUUCGACACCAAGUGUUUCUGCAGUUUCGGAUAUACAGCUUGAUUGGGUGACGCAGUCGGGUAACUCGCAGCCGGCAAGCUUAGAAAAACCUCCUACGCCAGACGUUUUAACAGCGCCUGAUCUACAGCUGGAUUGGGUAUCAGAUUCGAGUGGGGAGGAUGAUGAUAUUAUAUUUGUUAAUUCUUCUACGGAACCAAUAACAUCAAUUGAUUUAACAAAAGACGAUGAAUCCGAACGAGCUUCGUCAACUUCGACAACAUUAGCGCAGUACUCGCAAAAUCUUUCAAGCACAUCGUCGAAUGCUUCCCCCGGUGCCAAUUUCGUUCCGGUUGACCCUUACAUGCAACCGAAUAAUGCAAAUUGGUAUCCAAGUGUGAAUAUGGAGGGGGCCGAUGGGAUGUAUCGCCAUGCCGAAGUACCAGACGUUGUUGUGUCAGAGCCACAAGCAACAACGAAUGAAUUUUACUGUCCCGACAUACGGAAUCAUCCGCAUUAUGUAAAUCAAAGUGCGCAACCGACUGCACAAGUUAAUAUGCAACCGCAAGUGACUAUUCAUCAGCCACCGCCUUUGCAUUAUGCAUCGUCUCAUAAUCAACAUCCGCUCCCUCAACAUCACCAUCCACAUCAAAGUCAACAUCAACAUCAGCAUCAAUUCGUGCCGCAAUUAUACCAACAUCAUAAUCCUAUUGUUCCACAAGAAAAUCCCAUGCAAAACAAUUGCGGAAAUUCGCCACAACAAAUGCCAUCAGCUGAAGUGGAUCCCAACUAUAGGGAUGCAUUUGCAUCAGGAGCUUCGCAGUUCAGAUAUUGGAACGAGAAUGCGAAUUCUCAAACACAGUCCAGUGAAGAUUUCUCGGCGUACAAUCCGAACACAUCUCCACCAGCUGCACAUUCCGCAGACAAUCCAUCACUUCCACCGAAUGGGUACGGGCGAAAUCAUGUGCUACAUCGGCGUGUUUGGAAUGAACCAAAUCAAACGUUUUAUCCGUCCCAUCAUGUUCGACCGCCUUACGCUGUACAUGAAAAUCUGUGGUAUCGUCAGCAAAAUCAACAAGAAAUUCAUCGACGUCACAUGACACCAAUGGAUCUUUCAUCGUCUGGUCGUAAUGUUAGCAACUAUCGUAAUAUGUCGUCAAUGUGUGGAUUUUGCUCAGCGCAUUGUCGCUAUCGUCGGUAUUCAUGCGGUUUGCGGGGUGUCGACUCGAUCUACAUGCCGAUGCUGAGCCUUUCGAGCACGUUAAUGGAACCACCACACAAUCAUCCCGUGACCACUUCGCGAAUGACCAGCAAUGCCCAAGCGGGUGGCAGUCACCAACAUGUCCAUCAUCAUAUGAUCCACCACUAUCCGCAGGCUCAUUCAAAUUGCCCGCCGCAGGUACAUUUGAGCAUCGGACUGCGAUCAGGCAAUGAAUACCCGCAUCCUUUGAACUUAAUGUCACGGAUGUCAAGGUUGAAUCAUCACCAUCAGAUAUUCAUUGGUUCGGCGUUGAGACAGUCGCGCGGGGCCACUUUGGAGGUCAUCGAGCGCAACACUCUACCGCACAAAUAUAAACGGUUGCGUCGGCCAAGCGAAAGUGAUGAAGAUGCUGAGAAAUGUGCAAUUUGUCUUUCUCCGUUUGAGAUAGAGAACGACGUGAGACGACUGCCCUGCAUGCAUCUUUUCCAUAUGGACUGCGUCGACCAAUGGCUGGUUACAAACAAGCACUGCCCGAUAUGUCGUGUCGAUAUUGAAACGCAUCUAACCAAAGACUCCAUAACAUCCUUAUGACAUUGUUUAAGUGGUAAUAUCAUUAUUGAGUAGACUCUUCCUUUCUUCUCAGUACUGAGACGGGAAAGAGGGAGGACAUGCAAGACAAAAAUUAAAAUAAAAGUGAAUCCUAUCUAACAUUGUAAAAUAUAACUUAUCCGUAGACAGUAAGGUAUGUCGUACAGUUAAACGUAAUCGUCUAUAAUUAACAUAACUUAUCGCGAGAGUAACUGACGAGCAGAAAUCUCAUAAAGAUUCUCCUGAAUAGAAAAGACAAUAGGGAAUUGUUUUCGUUACAAAGUUUUUUGUAUAUUGAGAUAGCGCUGGCUACGUUUAUUUUGUACAUUGCAACUUUACAUUUCGCACGAGAAAUAACCCGCGAAUAGCCGCAAUCUUAGUGUAAGCAAUCAUUGGAUCAACUGGCAAUAUAGCUAAUAGCUACUACCCUCGGCAAAUAAACUGCAACAAUAAAAGCGACGGGUCUUUUAACAAAAUAGCCUACUAGAUCUCAUUCAAUUUUUUAGUCUAUUGAUUGCUGGACUUCUUCCCAUUGUAAAUUGAAUUUUCGGUGUAUAAGUUAAACGGGGUCGAAAAGUGUAUGUAGUUGAUUAUUUGUGUUUAGUCGUAUUGUAAUGGAAGGGCGAAUGCAAUCUAUUUAUGUCUGAACUCCAUCAAGAAACCAUUAUCCCUGAUGCAGAGCCGAAUUGGUUUUGGCAACCGGGGCAAUAGGACUUUGGUGGAGCAACUUUUUUGAGGCCAAUUACUGCAUUCGCCUUCAUACUUUGGCAUUGUACACCCUUAACAUCAAAAGAAAUAUAUUUUUUGUUAACACGCAUCAAUUUAUAUCUAUGAUAGUAAUUGAAUGAUCCGUAACUAAAAAAAAAUAUUUUUCCAAAAGAAAAUUGUGUUUUAGUUUGAAUUUGGAAUUUAGUGACUUUGGAAAGGAACUGAAUUUAUCUCCCAUGUCUCAAUAAAUUUUCGACUGCCGCCACGUUCACACUUUGUAUAAUCCACCAAUUAAUUGGUUAACAGCAAAAGAAUUGCAUCAGCAAACUACUGACUCUUCCAAAUAUUUACUCUAGAUAAAGUAAAAAAAAACCUCAGAACAUAAAAGUAACAUUUUUUAAGAAAGUGAGAUCAAUACGUGCAAACUACUGCAUAACAUAAAGCGAACGUAUCUCGUAUAAGCCGACAAAAGACUGCCAUUUCAAUGCGACGGUUGUGAUGUAACGAUAA